AGGAGAGAUUUCGUCAUAUAUGUUCUGAUGAAGAUUGUCCAUGGAGGAUACAUGCUUCCAAGUUAAAGGGUUGUAAUACCUUCAUGGCAAAGAAACUUCCAUUUGCUCAUACUUGUGGAAGUGCCAACAAAAGUGACAAGAAGAAAGGCAAAGCAAGAAUGGCAAACAAGAAUUGUAUUGCUGAUAGGGGGAAAGCCAUAUUGCAAGAGGAGGCCACACUUAGUGCAAAGGGUCUUAAAGAACGAUUGGAAAGGGAGUAUAAUAUGAAGUUGGAGUACAACAAUGUUUGGAAAGGGCGAUCUCGUGCACUUGCUGCCCUGAAUGGCACAUAUCAAGAGAACUUUCAGUUGUUGUGGAAUUUUAAGGCAGAAUUAAUGGUAGCCAACCCAGGAAGUGUGUGUGAAAUAGACAUCAAGACAGUCCGUAAGAAAGGUGGCAUCGUGCACUACUUCAAUAGGCUGUUUAUUGCAUUCAAGACAUGCAUUGUUGGUUUUUUGGAAGGCUGCGGAUCGUAUUUGGGGGUCGAUUCAACCUUUCUUACAGGGAAGUACACAUGACAGUUGGCUGCAGCUAUUGGUGUUGAUGGACAUAGCUGGAUGU